AUGGCUGAGAGGUGGUUGGAGAAGAUGAUCGAUAUUUUUGCUGCUCUGCAUUAUACGAAGGAGAGACAGGUGACAUUUGCUGUCUUCCAACUAGAGGGAGUAGCUCGAUCUUGGUGGAACGUGGUAAGACUAAAAUGGGAAAGAGAACAAACACCGAGGAUGUGGGUAAACUUCAUGAGGGAGUUCAACGCAAAGUAUUUCCUACCACUAAUUCAGGAGAAGAAGGAGGAUGAGUUCAUAAGGUUUCGCCAGGGAACCCAGACUAUAGCCGAAUAUGAGAGCCAGUUCACCCGAUUACCAAAGUUUGCUCCUGAACUAAUCAUGACCGAGCAAAGGCAGAUAAGGCGUUUUGUUCGGGGAUUGAAUAUUGAGAUCCAGAAGGACCUAGCCGUGGCUCAACUCAGUGCCUUUAGCAAUGCAGUGGAGAAAGCCCAACGAGUUGAAAGUACGAGGCUACAAGUCAGAAACUUCCAAGCGAAGAAAAGGGCUAUUCCUGAAAGUAGAGUAGAGCAAGAGGAUAAGAGUAUACCUCCCAAGUUUGGAAGGGGAACUGGAGGAGUACGAAUUCCGGGGAUAUCAAGAGUUACCUCACAGGGAGGCUCGGCCUCUGCUUCCGGUGGUCCCUGCGGGUACUGUGGGAAGGCGAAUCACACGGAGGACGUUUGCUGGAAGAAAGCGAGGAAAUGCCUACAUUGUGGGAGUGCAGAUCAUCAGAUCGCUAAUUUCCCAAUCCUACUUCGAUAA